AUGUAUGGUUUAUACAGAGCGUGGUUCGGUGGCGGUACCACCGGUACCAGCUACCCCUGUCUUCAGGACACGUUCUCGCCGCCCGACACGGUGGUGCGAGUCGGCAACGAAGGCGAGCACCAGUUUGUCGCGCACAAGGGUGUGCUCGCGGCUCACAGUGGAUACCUGAAGGCCCUGCUGGCGAGCGCGGCGGCGACGACGACAUCGUCGAACUUCGAUCCUACUUGCGCGACCGUCGCCGUCACGGCGACCAACGGGCAAUCACAGCGACCGGUCACCUCCGUGUCGGUUUCGUCCAUCGGUGGAGAGGCAUUCGCGCCGUUGCUCAACUAUAUGUACACCGGACGGCUGGAGGUGACGCUGGACAACGUUUAUAGCGUGCUACUUGCGACACAUUUGUUGCAUAUGCCGGGUGCAUUGGAGCAGUGCAGAGCCGCGCUAUUGAGGCUGCGGGCACCGCCAUCUCUGCCGACGCCGCCGAUGCCGACGUCCGCGUCAACAACCGGAUCGCCGCCGGGCACCACCGGUAGUAUCCUACGGCCCAUACCGAGCAGGCUGAUAGUAGGUCCACCACUCUGUUGGCCCCCGACGACCCCGCUCGCGUACCCUCCGGCCGCGCCGGCACCGACUGCCAUGUCGCAUCUACCGCCGUCGAUACAACCGCUGAUGCAACCGACCGUACCACCCGGAAUCAGCAUCGUCGGGCCGCGAGAGAAGCAGGAACAGUGCGCGCAUUAUAGCGCCGGCGAGAUGUCAAAGUCGCCACAGUCUUCGCCGACUGCGGCGCGCAAACGCCCAAGGUUGCAUUCCAGCAGAUCAAGAACACCAGAGAUCGUGUCUACCGUGUCCACCCUACCGUUCGUGGCCGCAGCCGCAGCUGCGUUCACCGCGUUCGCCGUGACGAGCAGCACGCCGAGUUCUACGACGAGAGCACCGUCGCCGUCGCGCUCGAUCUCACCAGCUCUGUCCUCCGUGUCGCGGACACAUUCGCCCAUGCAUCACAACAGCGACAGAUCGACGGAACGCGAGGCUCAACGAGGAGAAGAGAUCGAGGAUCGUUCCGGCCGAUCGUCUAACGAUCAACUAAAUAAAUCGCGUACCGCAGCAUCCGACAGCAGAGUACCGAAUCGCAACCGUGGCAACAGUAGCAACGACAGCAACGACAACGGGGAUACCGCGUCGGAGCACGACCGAGCACGUUCGUCUCGUCGCCGAGCUCGAAUGUCGAGCGCGAAGGAGGCUUCUACCACGAGCAGCACCGUCUUUUCCGUGGUGUACGACAUCGCGUGUUGCGAUGGACCGGUGCGCUUUCACCGUGUUUUGAACGAAAACUACUCGUCGACGACGUCGCACGGGCCGCACGGUGCAUCGACACGUCCGCUGAGAAAUUGCCAGUUGACGGAAGGCGAGGAUCUGUCAAGUGAGAACGACGAGAACGGCGGACCGGCAACGCGAGGAGGAGGAGCAGGAGGAAGCCACGCACGCAGUCCCAGUAACGACUCGAGCAACGAUGGCAGCAACAACGGCGGCUGUUACACCUGCGGCUACUGCAAACACACCUUCAAGUCGCAAUAUUGCUACAGGAAGCAUGCCAAGCGGCAUUUAUUGCCGACGAGGAUCAACGAAACAGUUGGCGGCGGUGGUGGCGGUGGUGGCGGUGCCGGGGAUAGCGUUAAUCACGGGCCGCGGCAGGAUGCCGCGCGCGGAGGCAGACGAGAGGUCAGAUUGCUGGAUUUGAAUGUGCAGUACUAUCCCUGCAAGAUCUGCGGCUGCAAGUUCCCCAGUUACUACUUCGUGCACAAGCACCGGAAGCUCUGCCACGCGAACGACGAGGAGAGGCAAGGCGCCACGGAUGGAGCCGCGAAUGCAUCGAGUCGUGACGCGGACGUGUCGCCCAUCCAGGAUGUUCCGUGAAACGAAAAGACACGACUCCCUUUCUCCCUUUCUCACUAGAUUUUUCCCUUAUCUGUUCUCAACGUGAACGCCCAACGAAAGAAGAUUUCCCACCCGAGAACAAGAUCGAAGACACUUUACAGAAGGAACUCAAAGUACCUAUCGAUAUUUGCGCGUGUGUCAAAUAUUUAAUUGCAAGUUAAAAUCGGUAAUCAAAUCGAACUAUCGUAGAAUGUAAUAUGCUGAACGUUACGUUUAAUAUUUCGAAUUAAAUGCGUUCUUGCGUUACCUCCGAAAUGUG